CUCUUGUUGCUGUCGCUUGGAAUAUAUCUCGUGAUUGACCGACCACAAGUUGCUUUCAUAAUGAAUUUAAUGCACGAGAAUCUUAAGCUGCGAGAAGAAACCGAUAAUUAUGUUCUGUGGCAAAAGCUGAAAGUAUUUUUCCGAGUCUAUCUCUUUGAGGUGACUAAUCCUCAGGCUGUGAUAGCAGGAGACAAUCCACAGUUGAGAGAAGUUGGACCAUUUGUUUAUGAGUAUGAAGAUCGAUCUCCAGAAAUAAUUGCAUUCAUUAUAAGCCUGGCCCCGGCAUUUCUCAAGAAGAUCGGCCCAAUUAUUCAUCAGAUAUUCCCAGGCACAGUGAAUAUAUUCCAAACAGGUAAGGCAGGAGACAUCAUCUUCUCUGGUUUACCGUUGGACUGCGUCAACGUCGACAAAGCCCUCAAUAUGAUCUGCAAUGUGUUAAAGGGGAAUCCCCCCCCUCUGUUAAAACGAACUGACACACCAGGUCACUUCUUGUACAGUCUCUUCUACCGGAUAAAUGGGACACACCAGGGUCCAUUCACUGUUAAUCGCGGCGUUAAAAAUAUAUACAGCUUAGGUAAUAUGACUUCGUUCAAGAACAUGAGGGUAACCAAUUUCUGGAACACUGAGGCUUGUAACACUGUAAGUGGUGGUGAUUCCAUUAUUAACCCACCACAGACUGAAAAAUUCCAACACAUUGAGUUUUAUGAGCCAGAAUUAUGUCGGUUAGUAUAAUUAUUAGAUUACGAAUUCUUCGCGGGUGGUUUCUUACCCCUUAAGGGCUUAAUUUAUCAAUUGUUUUCUCUUAUUAUGUUUUAAAAAAAACAAAUUUCAUCCAAUUUUCUGGUACACAUUUGCUAAAUCUUUGACAAACAACAUUUUCCCUAGAGUUCCAAGGAUAUCCGUAAUUUUAUUUAACAAACUAACGAUAAAAACAAAUUGCAGUUCCCUUAUCCCUUGAAAAUUGAUGGAACUGUAACUCUUCUUUACUUUGUCUUCAGAAUUCUACAUUUCGAUGAAUCAAUAAAAUCAAUCGUCAGAGUAACAGAAAUUCGAAUUAU